AUGGAGACAGCAGCGGAGAACUCCGGGGCCUCUCCUGACCCUCAGGAUACACUAUGCCAGUACUGUGGGGAGUACGACAAUACCACGGAUAAGCAUUUUGAGCGGACUCUUAUGAAAGCAAUCAAUGCUCUGACUCGUUUGCGUCGGAACCCCCAGCGGUCUGACCAGAAGACAAAGCGGCAGAAUAGACCGUGUGAUUGCUGUGCGGAGUACGAUCACACUUCGGAAGGGCACUUUGAGCGAUCCGUCGUGAACGCCGUCGAUGCUCUGCUCGCAAUGAGUCGGAAAUGCCAGCGACCUGACCGCCAUGCUUCUCCGGUUUCGUCCAACAACCAGGCUGCCCUUAUAGCUCAGGAAGGAGGACAAGGCGGCCGGAAAAACAAGCCGGACCGACCUCCGCCUGCUUAUGAGCGGCAACGUCAACAAGCUUUCAAGAAGCAACAGCAGCAGCGGGAGGUUGAUAAGCGUCCAGCUCUCACCUUGCAGGCGCACCAGCACCCGCAGCGGCAACAACAACAACACCAACAGCAGCUGGAGGUUGAGCAGCAUGCUCAGGGACUGAGUCUUUCCUUUCCAACGGCUGAGCAGCCGCACCUGAAUGCACACCAGCAGGGGGUUGAGGGACCCAAGGUCCUUCACCACCGAGAUGAGUCCCACUUGCCUCCUCCAAUGGAGGAUGAGCCCUUUGACGCUGAGGAUUUGCUUGUGUUCUCGGGCAGUGCGGACAGCGACCUUUAA